AUUUGUGGUGAUGGUGAUGGGGUGACGUCGUCAUAGAUAGCAAGUACACGAGACGUGAGAUACUCGACUCAACAACAAAUAACAAUAAAAGUUUUCAAGUCUAACUUAGUAGCUGGCAACCAAUAGCCUACAGACCUAACAGAAAAUAAUAACAUGUCAGACACGCGCUUUUUUGUCACCAACCGAGCCAUUGGGAGACGAUUAGAAGAGCACAUUUGCAGUACGACUACAAUGACGAAUCAGUGCUGUGGUGGUGUUCUGUUAAACCAACACAGCACUAAAGAUGGGUCACAAUCUGUACGACUUCAACUCUGUAUCUGGUCGUAGCGGUCAACUGCAGCAGAUCACUGUUCUUUCAUGUAAACAUAUUGGAUAUAACAGACGUUGGUUAUUUAUGAAAAUUUGAAACAUCAUUCUAAUAAUAGUGAUUUUUACAAUGAAGAUGCUGUAUCAUAGGCAAAUAUAAAGCAAUAGGGGACAUUUUCGACACUAAUCGAAUUGGAGCUGGUUUUCACUAAACACUAUUGGAUCUGUUAUUAACAUAGAUUGAACCAAACUUAUAAGAUCUACACACAAUGCAAAUUGAUACAGUUAAUAGGAACUUUUUACCAUUGCGAUAAAUGGAUUCAAAUUUAAGAUGUAAGCUACAAAAUGGAACACUGUUAAUGAAUAAAAUCUGCAUUAACUCACAUCACAACCUUAACUUAACCUAAGGAAAAUAACCACCAGUUGCUAUACCAUCCAAUCAAUACACCAACAGUAUGCCAUAAGGCAUUCUACGCUAUUGUAAAUAUACAACUACAUUGUAAACACAAUACACAUGCAAAUUGUUUAAGUAUUAAAUUGUAAUUCAUGACCCUAUAUAUUUAAUGAAGGUCGUGAUCCGAGAGUAAAGCUGUUGAUACCUGAUAUUUCUGAUUUAUAAAUCAAAACAUUCAAAACCGAAGAUGUUGAAAAUGCUGUUACUCGUUAGUCGUUACCGCCGUUACCGGCGUUACUAACGUUAAUGUCUCAAAUACAGUACUACCACGGCGACAUUACGAAUUACUGUGACUGCCAUAUUUUGGAACCCCUACCUACCCCACCGACAUCAAAUUGGUGAAUGCGAAAACGAUGCUCCCCGAUCAAAUGAUAAACGCGCGUUGGUCGGUCGCACUACACUGACUGUACUUCCUGUGUUAGCGCCGAAACAACGUUUUUGCGUUUCCACAUUCUGUGGAACCGAAAGACGUAUAUUCAAUACAUUUUUUCUCGUCCGUUCGGCGUUUGUCAAUAACCAGGAUUUGUAUUAUUUCAAUUAUUUGAGAUGAAGAACGUGUAUGGAGUCCUCGUCGUGCUGUGUAUUAAUUUCGUAUAUUCUCAGAGGACACCAAUUAUAUCACGUAUUACACAAAAAAGUAUAACAGACAUUGGUGGAACGACUCAAUUGACAUGUACAGUCUUGUAUGCUUCAGAUUUCAGUAUUUUGUGGGUUAAGGUUGACAAAGAAAGAUCUACUGAACCUGUUACAUUUUCAACUGGAAGUACACUUAUUAUUAGAGAUUCUAGAUUAUCAUUGAGACAAGACACGGAUAGCAAUAGUUACACAUUACAGAUUAGUGAUAUCCAAGAAACUGAUGCUGGUUUCUAUCGUUGUGAAGUGGUGCUUGGGUUAAAUAAUAAAAUAACAGCUGAUACCGAGUUAGUUGUACGUAGACGUCCGUUUAUUUCUGACAACUCUACUAGAUCAUUAAUUGUAAACGAGGGUCAACCCGUGAAAUUGGAAUGUUAUGCUGGUGGAUAUCCUAGUCCAACAGUUUCUUGGAGGCGAGCAAACAAUGCAAUUUUAGCUAAUGGUGUAUCAAUAUAUAGGGGUAACAUUUUGAAAAUUCCUGCUAUUACCAAAGAAGAUCGAGGAACAUAUUACUGUGUUGCUGAAAAUGGUGUUGGAAAAGGUGCCAGACGUAAUAUUGCUAUUGAGGUAGAAUUUGCCCCAGUUAUAACUGUUUCUAAACCUCGUUUAGGACAAGCUCUACAAUAUGACAUGGAUCUCGAAUGUCAUGUUGAAGCUUAUCCUCCGCCAGCCAUUAUUUGGUUAAAUAAUGGAGUACAAUUAUCUAAUAAUCAACAUUACAGAAUAUCACAUUUUGCUACUACAGAUGAAAUAACUGACACUACAAUACGGAUCAUCACAAUUGAAAACCGCCAAUAUGGUGAUUAUAUCUGUAAAGCAUCAAAUGUAUUAGGAACCGCUGAAGUUACAGUUACUCUUUACGAAACUAUAAUACCAGUAUGCCCUCCAGCCUGUGGUCAAGUAUCAUCACACUUGAAAAACUCAACUAUCAAAAUGUCAAGUGCUAAUGUUUUGUUCUUAAUUACUGCUUACUUAUUUUUUUUAAUUUCAAUUUUUAAAUUAUUUUACCAUCUAAAAAACAAUUUAUGAAUAAGUUGAAACCAAAAUUAUUGCUCAAUUUUCCAUGCAUAUAUUAUUUGGUUUAUUUUUAUUUUUUGAUUAAAUAAAUGCCCUUAUUUAUUUUAUA